UUACCAAGUUAUUGGUGAAAUAUGGCUGUCUACUUUGACCACCGCCUUGACACGGAGCGGCUGGGCAUCAAUAAUGACGUGUCUUGGUUCAGUGGCAACCCUUUGCUGGCAGUGACGUCCUACAGUGAUGAAACUGGAGGUGCUGUGAACUUGUUUCUCGAGGAGGGAGAAAAGCUUCUAAAUGUGAAAUUGCAAAGAAGUUGUGCAGUGUCCUCCACUUCCUGGCAUCCGACAAAGAAGAUAAUUGCCGCGGGGUUUGAGAACGGGGAACUGCUUAUCUGGAAUGAUAUCGACCAUGAAUUGUUUGAGGGUCUUCCCCUUCACAAGCACGCCAUCACAGUCCUGCAUUGGAGCUCGGCUGGAUCCAGGCUGAUAUCCGGAGACAAGUCGGGUGUAGUGAUGGUGUGGAAGGCAGAUGGCAAGGGCCACCUACAGCAGAACCCCCUCCACCAGCACCACUGUCAGGAGCCCCUCUGUCACAUCAUCUUCAAGCCUCUGCCACCCCCAGACCCCGCAACAGACAUCAGUCAGCUGGCGAAGGCUGCAGUGAGUGGGGACGAGUCUGCCCUGGACAUGUUCAACUGGAAGAAGGGCAAGGGGGGCAAGGCCACCACCACGUCCCCGUUCGGUCCCCAGGAAUCCAUGUCCUUCUUUGUUGGGGGAGCCACUGGUGGUGUAUACUACGUAAGCGACAGUGGGACCUGUGCCCAGUCGUUCAAGGCAGAUGGCUCCAUACUCAAGCUUCUGUAUUACGAGGAGAAGAAUCUGCUGAUCACAGUCACAGAGGGCUUGUCACUUUAUCAGCAUGCCGUCAUGCCUGAGGGUGACACCAAAGAAAUUAUGAAGGUGAAACUGAGUGGCCGGGGUUCCAAGCCCACCAUAGACUGGGCAGGCAAAGGAGUGCUGGCCACUGCCACAGGCGAGGGCGUCAUAAGGAUGUGGGACUUGGAGAAUGAGGAGAACUACAUCCUGCAUCUGGAGGGACACACCGGCUAUGACCCCAGUGAACACAUCACCUGCCUGGCCUACUGUGACAAGAAAGGUGUUUUGGCCGGGGGGACCAACAUGGGCAAUGUGGCGCUGUGGAAGUAUUCCCCGCCCUUGGGGGGUAAGAAAACGGACGGGGAGAACAAGUGGAAGCUGCAGACCCCCGCCACAGUGGAGGGACCAGUGUCCCAAGUAACGUGGGGCUCUACAAAGAACUUGCUAGCUGUCAACACUAUAGCCAAUGUGUUCAUGUUGAGUGAGCAUGUGAUGAGUGCCAACUUCAGGGAUCAGACUGCGGUAGUCCAGUUUGGCCCAAGCUCCCUAUCAAUUGAGGUCUUUGCCAACGGCACCCAUCACGAUCUCAAGACAGACAUACAGGUGAAAGGAAUCUACACCACCAAGGAUGCCCUAGCAGUAUGGAAUGGCCGACGUGUGAUUAUAUACGAGUAUUCCGAGGACCGGUCCACCAUCAAGGCCUCAGGAAGUUUCACAACAGACGCCAUGGUGAUAUGUCUCUACGAGCAGAACGUCUACUGUAUAGAGACACAAAAAGUGCAAGUUAGGACGUUCCAGGGCACAGUGAAGCAGCUGAUUAACUUCAGUGAGGCCGAGGGCCAGCCUGUGUGUCUGGACAUCUGUGGCACAUACCUGCUCAUUGGCACAGACGUCGGGGUUCUCAAAGUGUUUGACCUCUCCAGAAGAGAGGCCAAGCCUCACAGCCACCCCAAGAAUCUGCACGAGCUCCUGCCUGGCUUCGGUUCCCUGCGCUCGUGCAACGUCAACUGUAAUGGAACCAAAGUUAGCGCCGCCAUAAAACUGCAAGGGAGCCAGCAGACAGACCCCAAGCUGUAUUUCUGGGACAUCGAGGCGGACUCGCUCUCGUACUUCAACUUUGACUCAGGCAAGGGGGAGCAGGAUGACUUCCCCCCUGAGCAGAUGGUCGGCACUCAGACAGACAGCGCCAUUGAGAUGAGCGACGCUGACAGGGGCAAGGACCAGGCAGCAAAGGACAUUGCGGGCCGGUUCCCGAUAACUCACCACUGGGACCUGCAGGACCCCAAACUGGUUGUGUGUGAGGCACAGGUGCUGCCUAGGGUGCAGGACAACAAGCAGGAGAAGAAACCAAAGGCAUCGCUCACCAAACAGAUUGAGGAAGGACCUGUUGAGGUGAUGAUAGUGUCCCUGUUCUGUACGCCAGAGAAUGGCAUCCUGAUACAGGACAGCUUUCCUCUGUCAGACGAGUACGAGAGACUGCUGGGCAUCGAGGUGCCCUUCCACUACUUUGUCAGGAAGGGUGGGGUGAGUGAGGAGGAGAUGGCGGCCCAAGAGACGGGUCACCUGGUGAGACAAGACACGAACACCGUCAUAUACCCGAAGCUCGUGUCACGCCAGACAAUGCGAGACUUUGUGGGGCUCGAGAAGACAGACAAGCAGACGAGAGAGGCCAUGCUCAACUUCAGCUACUUCCUCACCAUUGGAAAUAUGGAUGAGGCUUUUAAAGCAAUAAAACUCAUUAAGAGCGAGUCCGUGUGGGAGAACAUGGCAAAGAUGUGCGUGAAGUCCCGGCGGCUUGAUGUGGCCAGUGUGUGCCUGGGUAACAUGGGUCAUGCGCGCGGUGCGCAGGCUCUCAGGGAGUGUAUGAAGGAACCGGAGCUGGACGCCAAGGUCGCCACCCUGGCCAUGCAGCUGGGCCUAUUUGAAGAUGCUGAGAGGCUGUUGAAGAAUUGCAAGCGAUAUGAUUUGCUCAAUGAGUUCUACCAAAGUGCCGGGCAGUGGGGAAAGGCUUUGGAGACAGCGGAAAUGUAUGACCGAAUUCAUCUGCGGACGACCUAUUAUAAUUAUGCCAAGUAUUUAGAGGGAAAAGGCGAACUGGCGGAGGCUAUUCCAAACUUUGAGAAGUCGGACACUCACAGGUUUGAGGUGCCCAGGAUGCUGUUUGAUGAACCAGAUAACCUGGAGCAGUACAUCCUUAAACACAAGGACAGGUCAUUACACAAGUGGUGGGCCCAGUACAUGGAGUCACUGGGGGAGAUGGACACGGCCCUGCAGUUCUAUGAAAUGGCCCAGGACUAUCUGUCCCUUGUGAGGGUCUACUGUUACUGCGGAAACAUGGACAAGGCCAGUGAAAUCUGCAAUGAGACGGGAGACAAGGCCGGCUGCUACCACCUCGCCCGUCAGCUGGAGAAUCAGGACCACAUCAAGGAGGCCAUACACUUCUUCCAGAGGGCCGAGGCAUACGGAAACGCCAUCAGGCUCUGUAAGGAGCACCAGUAUGAGGACCAGAUGAUGAACCUGGCUCUGAUGGGUCGCCCGGAGGAUAUGAAGGAGGCGGCCAGAUACUAUGAGAAUGUGCCUGGCCAGCAGGAUAAGGCUGUCAUGCUCUAUCACAAGGCUGGGAAUUUCUCCCGGGCUCUGGACCUGUCAUUCCGGACGAAGCAGUUUGGAGCGCUGCAGAUGAUCUCUGGGGACCUGGAUGAGCGGGCUGACCCUGAGCUGCUCAAGAGAUGUGCAGACUUCUUCCUGGAAAACGGACAGUACGACAAGGCCGUCGACCUUCUGGGAAUUGGCAAAAAGUACUGGGAAGCGCUGAAGAUCUGCAUGGACCAGCAUGUGGAGAUCACAGAAGACCUGGCUGAGAAGCUGACGCCGGGCAAGGAGGAGCUGGGAGGGGACACGAUGGAACGCAUCAAGAUACUGGAGGCAAUAGCAGAGGUCUGCAUGCACCAGGGCCAGUACCAUCUGGCCACCAAAAAGUUCACACAGGCUGGAAAUAAGAUGAAGGCCAUGAAGGCAUUGCUUAAGUCUGGUGACACAGAGAAGAUCAUCUUCUUUGCGGGCGUCUCGCGGCAGAAGGAGAUCUAUGUGAUGGCCGCCAACUACCUGCAGUCACUGGACUGGCGUAAAGAUCCCGAGGUCAUGAAAAAUAUCAUCGGCUUCUACACGAAGGGUCGCGCCCUCGACUCCCUAGCUGCCUUCUACGACGCCUGUGCUCAGGUUGAGAUAGACGAGUACCAGAACUAUGACAAGGCCCUGGGGGCCCUGGGCGAGGCCUUCAAGUGCCUGAGCAAGGCCAAGAUGGCCGACGAGGGGCUGCAGGAGGAGAGGUUGGCACAGCUUAAGAACAAGAUCACUCUCAUCAAGAAGUUUGUCACUGCACGACGGGUAUAUGAUGAGGACUCUGAGGAGGCCAUCAAGCAGUGCCAGGUGCUGCUGGAGGAGUCGGACCUCGACAACUCUGUGAGGAUAGGGGACGUGUACGGCUUCAUCAUUGAGCACUAUGCCCGCAAGGAGCGCUGGAAGGCUGCGUACAAUGCAAUGGAAGAGAUGAAGGGCCGCAUAUCUGGUGUGAACUUGGCCUACUACGUGAAUAUGCGCACGCUGCAGGCGGUUCACCAGGCACUGGACAUACCAUUGAGCAAGACCAUAGACACCACAGCGGGCAGGAUGAAUGGGUACCGAGGGGGUGAUGGUGGUGGAGGGGGCGGUCAUGCGGAGGAGGAGGGCGAUAUAGUGGAGGAAGAGGUGCCCAUGUAUAAUGAUGAUUUGUGAUUGGCUGUUGAAGUGGUCAUGUGACUGAGUGCUGAUUGGUUGAUAGUUUUUUUGGAAAGUGUAAAGUGAUAGAACUGGUAUUACACUUUGUAAUCUUGUUUUUGGAAAUUUAUAAAGCCAUAGCUAAAGCCCCAGUUGUAAUACUAAAUAAGAGCAUUUUGUUUGUUACACAUUGAAGUAUUAUUUUCUCCGUAAAUAUGUAAAUUGACUUGUUACUCUGAAGCUGUCCUGUUAGGGCAUUUUGAUAUUUAAAAUUAAUAUUAUACAUACUUGAAAUGACAUUCUUUUAUGUAUAGAAAUGGGAAACUGUUUGUAAAGCUGUUUCUUACAGAGCUGUUAGAUUUCUGAAAUUUACUAUAAUGAACUUUAGGAGUGCUUUGUUACUUUUAUAAGUUUGAGCUGUGCUCUGUGAAAAAGGGGCUUAAUGCAUGUGUGAAGUGUUGUCCCAGAUAAGCCUGCACAGGCUAAUAAGGGAAGACACUUUCAGCCUAAACUGGAUUUUUGUUUAGAAGAGACUUCCAUGAAACGAAAAAUACCAUUCAGGCGGAAACUAUUUUCACCAAUUAGCCUGUGCAGAAGACACUGCAGAUGUUUUAAACACCAUUGUUUCCCAGUGUGCUGCUCUUGUUUUGUCAACUCUCCUUGAAUCAUCUCUCUGGCCUGUGUCAUUGACAGCUAGUCAAACCAUCCGUGUUGUUUUCAUCAACUCUCAAUAUCUGACUCUAAUGGAGUCGUGUUCUGAGAAAACUGGGCAUAAUGCAUGUGCGUAAAGUGUCAUCCCAGAUUAGCCUGUGCAGUUUUUUAUGCCUAAAUUUGAUUUUUUGCUAAGAAGAGGAUUCAUUUAAACGAAAUAUGUCAUAAAAGCGGAAAGUGUCGUCCCAGAUUAGCCUGUGCGGACUGCAUAGGCUAAUCUAGGACAACACUUUACGCACAGAUAUUAUGACCAGUUUUCUCAGAAUGCAACUCAAUGCAUGGUGUUGUGUUGAAAGUGUGGGUCUCAAAAAUGUUUGAAUACUGGUUUGUUGAACUAUUUUUUUCAGAAUUUUCUGUUGUUUAUGUACUCAAAACGGUAAAAAAUUCUUACCUGGUGAAUUAGGUGUUAUACCUGCAAAAAAAAAAUGCAUGAAGUCACACUUUUAGUUCAAAGGUCAAAAAUGGCCAUAAAUGAGCUUGUUCGGGCCAUAACUAUGUCAUUCAUUGUGAGAUUUUAAAAUCAUUUGGCAUAUUUGUUCACCAUCAUUGGACGGUGUGUCGCGCGAAAGAAUUAUGUUGAUAUCUCAAAGGUCAAGGUCACACUUUUAGUUCAAAGGUCAAAAAUGGCCAUAAAUGAGCUUGUCUGGGCCAUAACUAUGUUGUUCAUUGUGAGAUUUUAAAAUCACUUGGCGCAUUUGUUCACCAUUAUUGGACGGUGUGUCGCGCGAAAGAAUUACAUCGAUAUCUGCAGCGUCAAGGUCACACUGUGAGUUCAAACGUCAAAAAUGGCCAUGAAUGAUCUUGUCCGGGCUAUAACUAUGUCAUUUAUAGUGAGAUUUAAAAAAAACCUGGUGCAUUUGUUCACAAUCAUUGGACGAUGUGUCAUGCGAAAGAAUUCUGUCGAUAACUCCAAGGUUUAGGUCACACUCGGAGUUCAAAAGUAAAAAAAUGGCCAUAAAUUUGGACGGCAUGUCAUGAGAAAGAAUUCAAGAGUUCAUAGAUCGAAAUGGCCAUAAAUGAUAAUGGCAUUAUAAUUCUUAAAAAUCGCCAUAAAUUUGAUUAUCUUGUUUUGUGAAGACAGCAUGCAAAAUAGUCUGUGUCAAUGCUGCAUGUGGGGGUAUACGUCAGGCCUGUGACAAAGCUCUUGUUUUAGCUUAAUUGCAUCGAAAGCCUAAGGCUUGUUGAAACACUGUGCAUACCUUUUCUGUAUAGAACAAGUACUUGGUUUCUGUGGGGGAGAUCUAUAAAACCCUUUUUUUGUUAGGUCUUCACUUGCUUUUGUGCAGUGGAAAAGCGGUAUCUUACCAUUCCUGUCAAUCAACAUGUGAUAAGAAUUAUGUGACUUUUACUAAUGAAAAGAUUUUGCUAUUGGUAUUAAAAACUUUAGUGCAUUAAAUUUUACUUAAACCAAAUGAAAGUCUAAAUGCGCUUGUAUGUUUAAUGUUACUUUCUUCAGUUAACUUGUGUUCUUGGUUGUGGUUGACAUACAUGCGUGACAUACAUUUAUUUGUCUAUCCCCAUUUGCUGCCUUAGUUGUCGUUUAUUUGAACAUAUUGCGAUGUUGAAUGUGUUCUAAGAUGAAACAUAAUUUUUUAUUGUAAAUCAAUACACAUUUUCAUCAGUUAUAAUCCGUCCACUUAUGUGAUCAUUUACGUUUUAUUUCAAUUAUAAUAAAUGAAUAAAACAAUUGUGCUCUUUACCUUAUUAGUAUGUAUGCUUAUAUUUAUUUGAAGAAUCUCUGAAUAUUGCUUUGAUCGCUGUAUACCUUACAUUUGCAUUUUCAUUGACAUAAUAAUUUGACGACUGCAAAAGUUCCAAGUUGUUAUCUUAACAUAUCAGCAGAGGAAAAAGUUGUCUUACUUAUAACCAUUGAAAAUUUUUGUACUUGUAACUGUAAUCAUCUGUGAAUUUGAUACUAAUUUCAAUUAAGUUAAAAUUCUUCAUAAUUAUUUUAGGUGUGAAUAAUUUAAUUAUGAUUUAAUUUAAUUAUAAAUGUUUGUCUGUUUCAAGAGAUUUGGACAAGGAACAUGCUUAAACUAAUAAUAUAAAUUAGAAAAACAUGUACUAUUACAUUACAUAUUAAUUCCGUAAUCAUGAUUUUUGGACUAUAAUUCAGUAUAAGAAAACUGUCUGAUUUUGUUAAGAUUUACCAGCAGGGUUUGAAAUGAGCUCUUGCACACUUUCAAAAUGCAAGAAUAAAAGCAGUACUCUAUUUACUGGUUGCAAACAAUUGCGCGCCCAAUAUACAAUUUAAUCUUUCAUUUUCAAAACUAAACAUUGGAUACCUGGUAAAUUGCCCGAAUGUGGUCAGAUGUUGUCUUGUCUUCAAUAAUAGGACUUUUUGGUUAAACAAGUUUAUAUUGAUUACUAGUUUUUAUGCUCCCCGAAAAUAUUUUUGGUGGAGCAUAUAGUUGCUAGUUUGUAGUUCCUUACUUCUUUCCUUCCUUCCUUCCUUCCGUCACACUUUUGCUACCGUUUCUCAUAGCGCCUUCAAUACUUUACCAAUAGCUUUCGUAUUUGGCAUGUAGGUACCUUGCAUGGACCUCUACCUUUUGAUGAGGUUUGAGGUCACUGGUGUCAACGUCAAGGUCACCGAGGCUAAUUAUAGACUUCCUUCUGUCACACUUUUGCUAUACGUUUGAGGUCACUGGGGUCAAGGUCACCGAGGCUAAUAAUAGACUUCCUUCUGUCACACUUUUGCUACCGUUACUCAUAGCGCCUUCAAUACUUAACCAAUCGCUUUCAUAUUUGGCAUGUAGUUACCUUGCAUGGACCUCUACCUUUUGAUGAGGUUUGAGGUCACUGGGGUCAAGGUCACUGAGGCUAAUAAUAGACUUCCUUCUGUCACACUUUUGCUACCGUUUAUCAUAGCGCCUUCAAUUCUUUACCAAUCGCUUUCAUAUUUGGCACGUAGGUACCUUACAUGGACCUCUACCUUUUGAUGAGGUUUGAGGUCACUGGGUCAAGGUCACUGAGGCUAAUAAUAGAUACUUUUAGGAGUUUAUUUACACAUACAUUGACAAAGCGCAUCAUCGGGGAGCAUCCAUCAGUUUCACUGAUAUUCUUGUUUUGCAAUAAAAUUGCGAGAGAAAACCAAUGUUUGCAAGUUGAAAAAUUCAGUAAUUUGCUUGUGGAAGAAAACCUAAACUUUUAGGCCUUUCAUGCAUGUAGUUAACCCUUUCAGUGUUGGAACCAAAUUUUAAAGGCCUUUGCAAACAGUUUGGAUCCAGAUCCAAACUGUUUGCUAUUCUGAUAGUAUUCUUUGAAAACAAUCGAAGAAAAUGCUAAUUUUAGAAAUUCAGCAGACAGCAUUUUAGCAGACGACAAAUUUCCCAGCAUGCAAAGAGUUAAGUGUGCCUUACCAUUCUAUUGCAUCUCCUUGCACCACAUGUGUUGUUCUGAGACUAAAUCUCAUUACUGAAUAGUGUAACAGAGAUGUGAUAUUGUGAACUAUUAUGCAAUUGUUAGUAUUUUCAUAUUCUGUGUUUUACAUUAUUUAUUUUUAAAAAUAAUUACUUUAUACAUACCUUUUGAUUGUGAUUUGGGACCAAAUUGAAAAUGCACUGAUUUUGAGCAGUAUAUUACAUAGGUCUCUGUAGUGUAACGAAAUGUGCAAAAAUGUAAAUGAAAUAUGUAUUUUGAAAUGUGAUGGAGUAUUGAACUGGUGUUAUUAUCUACAGUGUAUCAUCAUUUUAUGCAUUAUUGUGUUAUUUGAUGUAUGAAAAUUUAAAUGCUAUUAAAUUAUUUCAAGCUUUAUUCUAUUAUUUAUGAUCAUGCCACGCCAUCUUAUCUCUGUGUUUCACAAAUGUGAUUUUUCUAGAAAUUCUUAGUUUGUUACUGUAUAAAUAAAAACAACAAAAUUA